AUGUACAAGCGCUGUUUUCUUGGUUGUCUUGUUUUUCUUUUUUCAGUCAUAAAUGUUCUAGGUCUGGAGUGUUAUGUCUGUGAAAACCAAGAGGAUAAUAAUGAGAAAUGCGUGAAAACUAUUAAGAAUUGCGAGUAUAAUCAGGAUGUUUGUUUGACUGAAAUUAAGUGGGGAAGUACACCUUACUGGUCUCAAGGAGCAAAGAAACAGUACUAUGUGUCGAAGCGGUGUUCUAAUAAGACAGAAUGUGCGACGACUAGACACCGGUACAUGCCCCUGUGUACACACAUUUGGUACCAAGACUGGGUGUGUUCAGAUUGCUGUCUUGGUGAUAGAUGCAACUACUAUAUCAUAAGUGGAAGUGAUGCUGUAAAACCAGUUUCCGUCUUAUUAGGACUAGGAUUGGGAUUAUUCCUAUUGAAGAAUAUUUUAUAG